AUGCAGUUCACUCUCAUCACCGCUCCAUCAUUUCUAGCGGUACUCAGCACACUUCUAGCAAACGUACUAGCUCAAGAUGCUGAGGGUUGGUAUAAGGCCCAUCCAGGCAUGUCACGUAUUAGCCUGGUGAACCAAAAUACGCACCAAAUCGUCGAUGAAUACAAUCGUACACGAUUCUUCCAUGGAACCAAUGUCGUUAUGAAAGAACCACCAUGGUAUCGGCCACUGGAGUGGGUUCCAGGUGUUUCGUCAUUUGGCGAGCAAGAUGUCCAAAAUAUGCAUGACUUGGGUUUGAACAUCGUUCGGUUGGGUCACAGCUGGGCCGGCGCAGAACCCGUGCGGGGGUCGUACAACCAGACUUUCCUUGAUAUCAUGAAGGAGCAGACCAAAAUGGCCGAGGAACAUGGCAUCUACGUUCUGGUAGACGUGCAUCAGGACUGCCUGGCACAGCAGUUUUGCGGCCAUGGCGUGCCUGACUGGUUUGUCAAGGAGAACUGGGUACCGAGUAGUGAGAUGUACCCGUUUCCUCUUAAGCUGACACCAUUCCCCGUGGAUGGGAAUGGCUUCCCAUCCCCGCAGUCGCUUUGCGGUACAGUUGACUGGUCUCUGAGUUAUACCUCAGUUGCGAUAGGAAAUGCAUUUGGCCGACUAUACAACAAUUAUGACGGGCUUGGUGAUGCCUUUGCCGCCUACUGGAAAAAGCUGGCAUCAGGCUAUGCCGAUACGACCAACGUAGUCGGCUAUAACUUGUUAAAUGAGCCAUGGGUAGGUGACACCUGGGCUGAUCCGACAUUACUUGUGCCAGGCGUUGCCGACCACAAGGCCAUGGAAGGGCUUUGGGACCGUGCGGUGGAGCAGAUUCGUAAGGUGGACAAUACUACGCUCAUUUGGUUUGAAGGAGCCACCCUGGACGUUCUUUCAGGUUUCAACAAUGUCCCCCUUGGAGACGGCUCGAAGUCGGUGCAGUCAUUCCACUACUACAGCCCGCCACAGCUGGGCUCUAUUUCCACCACGCUCAACAACCGCCAAAAGGACAGCGAGCGCCUGAAGACCGCUGGCGUGUUGACCGAGCUCACGUUCUGGAUGGGCGAUGAUAAGCAGAUGCAGGGCCUAACAGAGGCCAUGACAGCAACCGACGCAAAUAUGGUUUCAUGGAUUGGCUGGGCGUACGAGAACCUGUACGAUGGCACGUCUGGUCAACCAUAUCCUCAACUGGCGAAGCAUUACAGCCGUGCGUAUCCAGCUGCAAUUGCUGGUACUCCCAUCAGCUUCAGCUUUUCUGAGGAUACGACUACCUUUAAGCUGCAGUUCAAGGCGGAUCCUGAUAUUGACGCGCCCACCGAAAUCAUUCUGCCUGCUUCCACCUUUCCCAGCGGAUAUAAUGUCCAAGUCUCCCCCGAGGGCAGUUUGGUGCAGUACACUCUCGACAAACGGACACUUGCGUUGUUCACAUCCUCCAGUAUCAAAAGCACUACCGACAUCUCCGUCAUAAUUUCAAGUAAAUAG